AUGAAGCUGAACAUGGAUGCGAGUGUUUGCAACAGCCAAGGUGUGGGGGGAGGCAUGCUUCAGGAUCAUGAAGGGAAGAUCAACUUUGCUUUCUACAAGGACUUCGAGGAGGUUGAUAUUCUAAUAGCUGAGAACUUGGCAUUAUUGCAUGGUCUUCAGUUGUGCUCGAUGAAUUAUAGGGGGAAGUUGCUUGUAGAAGUGGAUUCGGAGUCCCUUGUCACUUUGGUUAAAUCUGGGUGUAUAUCGAAAUGGCCUUUGUGCAAUUUCUUAUGGCAGAUCCAUGCUUUGCUUAAGGACUUGUCCACUUCUAUAGUUCACAUCUUUAGGGAGGCAAACAGUUCGGCAGAUAAAUUGGUUGGAUCAAAAUUGUGGAUAGAGUUGUAUACUACAUCCUUCGCUAAUCUCCCGGGGGAAACUAGGGCUGCAACUUAUUAG